AUGAUUCGGCUCAAGUCCGGAUCGGCGAUGUGGAAUUUAGAGCAUGUCAACGGCCCUGGAGAGGGCUGGAUCAGGGAGCUUAUCCAUUAUCUAGGUUCUACCUACUUGUACCUACCUACCCCGCCAACGACAGACACCGCUCACGGUGACGAUCGCGUCCAGCGGUUACUUGUAUACUUAGUGAUGCAAUCUACUUCGCCAUCGAUUCUCCCUCCACCGAACACAAAUAUCAUCGCAAUGUCGGACGGCGUCAAGCACAUCAACUCGGCCCAGGAGUUUGCGAACCUCCUCAACACAACCCAGUACGUCGUCGCUGACUUCUACGCCGACUGGUGCGGGCCUUGCAAGGCCAUUGCGCCCAUGUAUGCCCAGUUUGCGAAGACCUUCUCCAUCCCCAACUUCCUCGCCUUUGCCAAGAUCAACGUCGAUAGCGUCCAGCAGGUUGCUCAGCACUACCGUGUCUCCGCCAUGCCCACCUUCCUCUUCUUCAAGAACGGCAAGCAGGUCGCCGUCAACGGUUCCGUCAUGAUCCAGGGCGCCGAUGUCAACAGUCUGCGGGCCGCUGCCGAGAAGAUGGGCCGUCUGGCAAAGGAGAAGGCUGCUGCCGCUGGCUCGUCGUGAGGUUCGGAAAGGAAAGAAAACAAGACCAAAGAGAUCAAAGGCAUUCAGAGCAUCCAGUUGUGGAUCAAGUGUAGAUACUACUACACUACAGCAUGGACAUUUGCGUCUGACUAUUUUCGGCGGGGGUUGGAAAUCAGCUGUUGCUGAGUGAACCGAAUAGAAAACUGUCAGUUG